GGAGGAGGGGGGGAAACCGAGAACGGUCUUCGCAAGCAUAAUUUAGCAGGUUUUUAUUGCGAUUAUGGAAUUGGACUAAAAGGAAUGGCUUUACAUGGGAAAGACUCUGCGCCGUUUGCUGUGGCUGUGCGAAGUGACUAAGUCGAGGCCUCAAAGCCAUGGAGGAAAUGGACAGUAAACCCUAUCAGCCGUUGUCCAAGGGGCGCCAUGAGAUGGAGAUGUCCUACACCAGCUCGUCUGACGAGAGCGAGGAUGGCCGCACCCACCACCGCUCUUACACCUCCCGUGAAACGCUGCCCGACUAUACCCACGAGCUACGCCUGACCCUCGGCUCCCACCGAGAGAGGCAGAGCAACUACAGUCAGCCCCAGCCAGAGAUGGUUGUGUGUGAAAAUCCCAAGGCUUUGUGCUCUGGACCCGCAGCUCAUGUCCCUGGCCGUGGCUACUCCCUAGGCGUGGGCUCUGAUGUGGACACGGAGCCGGAAGUAGAUCCCUCCCCUGCCCACGGCCUUCAGCACAUGUGGAUGCGAGGCCUGAAGUCGGAGCAGAGCUCUUGCCUGUCAAGCCGUGCCAACUCUGCCCUCUCUCUCACUGAUACCGAGCAUGACAGAAAGUCUGAGCCUGACAAUGAGCUACCCAACAGUCCAGGUGGCCAGUUCACCUUUCGCCCGCUGCCCCCGCCGCCCCCUCCACCCCACGCCUGCACCUGUGCCCGCCCGGCGCCCUACGCUCAAGUGAGUCUGCAGAGGAAGACCAUGCCAACGCGGUGCCAGUCCGGCCAGGGCAACCAGGGGGCAGACACCGGCACCGGCACAGACCCGGCACAGCUUCACAACAGCUGGGUGCUCAACAGCAACAUCCCCUUGGAGACCAGGCACUUUCUAUUCAAGCAGGGCUCCGGUUCAUCGGCUCUUCUGUCAGGAGCAGGGCAGGGUUACCCUCUGACCUCUGGGACAGUGUACUCCCCUCCGCCCCGGCCGCUCCCACGUGGCAGCGUGACCAGGCCCCUGUUCACGUUCAACAAGCCUCACCGCUGCUGCAACUGGAAGUGUACGGCCCUGUCCGCCUCGCUCCUCACACUCACGCUGGCCCUGUUGCUCACUUAUGUCAUCGCGGUUCACCUGUUAGGUCUGACCUGGCAUCUGCGGCAUGGCGAGAACCAGCUGUAUGAGAAUGGCCUGAGCUCCGGUGUAAAGGGAACUCAGUACAGCACAGAGGUGUGCUUCAGUGAACUGAAAGGGAAAAUAAAGGAUCCUACUUUUAAAAAGAAGUGGGUGCGUGGCCGCGCUAUAGACCGGGGGGAAAUAGACAUCGGGACCCAGCAGAGCCAGACUAUCCCACCAGGGCUUUUCUGGCGGUUUCAUAUGGCUGUGCACCACCCGACCUACAUCAAGUUCAACCUGUCCCUCUCGCACAACGCGCUGCUGGGGGUCUAUGGACGCAGGAACAUCCCGCCGACACACACUCAGUUUGAUUUCGUGAAGUUGUUGGAUGGGAAGGCGCUGCCCAGGUCAUUGGCUGAUCCAGUGUCAGCCGCAAAACCCCCCAAAGGUCUGCUGCUGAGUGCUCUGCAGGAGACUGGCUUCAUCGAGUACAUGGAUCCUGGCACAUGGCACCUCGCUCUCUACAACGACGGACGCAACCUGGAGCAGGUAUUGCUCCACAGCACUCCAAUAGACUCGAUGGACGGUUGCUCCACAGACUGCAAUGGAAAUGGGGAAUGUGUGGCCGGGCACUGCCACUGCUUUGCUGGAUUCCUGGGUCCCGAUUGUGCCAAAGAUUCGUGCCCGGUGCUGUGCAGCGGCAACGGCGUGUACGAAAAAGGGAGGUGCGUGUGCCUGUCGGGAUGGAAGGGGGCCGAGUGUAAUGUGGAGGAAGGACAGUGCAUUGACCCCACCUGCUCCAACCACGGCACCUGCAUCCAGGGAAUCUGCAUAUGCAGCCCGGCUUACAAGGGGGUCAACUGUGAGCAAGUGGACUGUGUAGACCCUCAGUGUGGAGGCCAUGGUGUAUGCGUGCGUGGGGAGUGCGUGUGCUCAGCCGGAUGGGCGGGGGUGAGCUGUGAUGACCCUCUGCCAGCCUGUCAGGAGCAGUGUUCGGGACAUGGCACCUAUCUCCCUGAGUCAGACACCUGCGUGUGCCAGCCCAACUGGACUGGGCCAGACUGUUACAUUGAGCUGUGCCCGGUGCCAUGUGGGAGCCACGGUGUGUGCGUGGGGGGCCAGUGCCAGUGUGAAGAGGGCUGGGUCGGCGCCACGUGUGACCAGAGGGCAUGCCACCCUCGCUGUGAAGAACACGGGCAAUGCCAUGAUGGAACCUGCAUUUGCCAGCCCGGCUGGGAGGGGGAGCAUUGCAACAUUGAUGGCUGUCCGGGGUUGUGCAGCGGGCACGGGCGCUGUACCCUGGAGCAGAGCGGCUGGCGCUGCGUCUGUCAGGCUGGCUGGAGCGGGCCUGGAUGCAGCGUUGUCAUGGAAACCGACUGCAGCGAUGGAACAGACAACGACGGAGAUGGUCUGGUGGACUGCGUGGACCCAGACUGCUGUGAGCAGCUGAGCUGUGGCUCCGACCCCCUGUGUCAAGGCUCUGCUGACCCGCUGGCCCUGCUCCAGCAGAACCCCACCCCGGCCGCCGCGCCGCCCUCCUCCUCCGCCGGCUCACACACGCAUAGCUUCUACCAGCGCAUACGCUUCCUUCUCGGCAAGACGGCAACGCACACCCUCCCCGGAGAGGUGCCCUUCGAUACCAGUCGGGUAGCAGUAAUCAGGGGAAGUGUGGUGGUCCAGGACGGCUCCCCUCUGGUUGGAGUCAACAUCACCUUCCUCCAGCACCCUGAAUAUGGUUACACCAUCAGCAGGCAGGACGGCAGUUUUGACCUGGUGACCUCUGGAGCAGUCUCGAUGACCCUGAUGUUCCAGCGCCCACCCUUCCUGCCACAGAUACAGCCCAUCUGGACGCCCAACAACAACUUCCUGGUUCUGGGUGUGGUGACCAUGUCGCGGGAGGAAGUACAGCCAUCAAAGUGUGACGUCAGGAAUGUUCUCAGUCCUUACCCGCUGGUCCUGCCCUCCCCUUUACCCAGAUACACUGGAGCAUGUGUGGAGAGGGGGCCUGUCAUACCGGAAAUACAGGCAGUGCAAGAGGAGAUUCCUAUUCCAGGGUCCUUUGUGAAGUUGAGCUAUCUGAGUACCCGAGCAGCAGGCUACCUCUCGCUGCUGCGUAUCCUCCUCACCCCUCCCUCCCCCUCCUCCCCCGUGUCCCCACUGGGUGGUCUGGCCAAAGUGCAUGUCCGUGCAUCCGUCCAGGGCAGGCUCUACCAGCGCUGGUAUCCUGCGGGGCCGGGCCUGGUCCACAGAGUGGUCUGGAACAAGACGGAUGUUUACGGUCAGGAGGUGUGGGGGCUCACCCAUGCUACCGUGUCGGUGGGCUAUGAAUACGAGUCGUGUCCCGGUAUCAUCCAAUGGGAGAGGAGGACAGCUUUGAUGCAGGGCUUUGAGUUGGUCCCCUCUAGCCUGGGAGGAUGGUCUCUGGACAAACAUCAUGCUCUCAAUAUACCCAGCGGAGUCCUUCACAAGGGAAACGGGGAGAAUGUCUUCCUUUCACAGCAGCCUCCUGUCAUAACCACAGUGAUGGGGAAUGGUUUCUACCGCAGUGUCCCCUGCGGUCCAAGCUGCAGCGGUGCAGCUCGGGAUAUGAUGCUGUUUGCCCCAGUGGCGCUAGCUAGCGGCCCAGAUGGCUCCCUCUACGUGGGGGACUUCAACUUCAUCCGCAGGGUCCACCCUGAUGGGUACACCAGGACCAUCCUGGAGCUUAAGAACCGGGAUACCAGGCACAGCACCAGUCCAGCCCACAAGUACUACUUGGCGAUGGACCCAAUGGGGGAGGUUCUGUAUGUAUCUGAUACCAGCAGUCGCAGGGUGUACCGGGUCAGGAACCUUGGGCAACCUAAAGACCCGGCCCGCAACAUGGAGGUUAUGGCUGGAACCGGGGAGCAGUGUCUUCCCUUUGACCAGAGCCACUGUGGGGAGGGCAGGAAGGCAACCGAAGCAGCACUCAACAACCCCAGAGGUAUCGCAGUGGAUAAAAGGGGAGUCGUAUACUUUGUCGAUGGCACCACCAUCCAGAAGAUUAAUGAGAGGGGUGUGCUCUCCACUGUGAUUGGCUCGAAUGGACUGAUGUCGACGCAGCCGCUCAGCUGUGAUUCGCGCAUGGACAUCAGCCAGGUGCGACUAGAGUGGCCCACAGAUCUGGCCAUCAACCCUCUGGACAACUCCCUUUAUAUCCUGGACAACAACAUUGUAUUACAGGUAUCGGAGAAUUUGCAGGUGCGUAUUGUGGCAGGGCGCCCCAUCCACUGCCAAGUGCCAGGCAUCGACCACCACCUGGUGAGCCGGGCGGCUGUGCGUGCAACCCUGGAAGCUGCCAAGGCCAUCGCUCUCUCUCACCUGGGCACGCUGUUCAUCGCCGAGACCGAUGAGAGACGCAUCAACCGCAUCCAACAGGUGUCUACUAACGGGGAGAUCUCUGUCAUCUCCGGAGCCCCCACGGACUGCGACUGCAAGAUAGACCCCAACUGUGACUGCUUCUCUGGUGAUGGGGGCUACGCCCGCGAUGCUCGACUCAAAGCGCCCUCCUCUCUGGCUGUGGCCCCCAAUGGGACCCUGUACAUCGCUGAUCUUGGCAACAUCCGCAUCCGAGCCGUCAGCCCCAACCAGCCCCAGCCCAGCCCAACUGGACUGGUGGAAAUUAGCUCUCCUCUGGACCAGGAGCUGUAUCUCUUCAGCCAGAAUGGCUCCCAUCUGUACACGAAGCACCUGAUCACAGGCCACUACCUGUACAACUUCUCUUAUGCCUCCGAUGGACAACUGUCUGGACUGGAAGGCAGGGAUGGCCAGGAGCUACAGGUCCGGAGAGAUGCCCAUGGAGUGCCGCUCUGGCUGGCACUACCUGGCGGACAGGUGUACUGGCUGUCGCUUAGCAACAGUGGGACACUGAGGAAGGUGUCUGCCCAAGGCCAUGACAUCGCUCACAUCACUUACCACGGGAACACUGGUCUCCUGGCAACCAAGAGUGAUGAGAACAGUUGGACCACUGUCUAUGAGUACAACAGCGAAGGCCAUGUGACCAAUAUCACCCUCCCCACGGGCGAGGUUAGCGGUUUCCACGGUAACCUGGAGCGCUGGUCUCGGGUUGAGGUGGAGGCGUCCAGCCGGGAGAACUUCAUCACCAGUACCAACCUGUCUGCCAGUGACACAAUCUACACUUUCCGACAAGACCAUGCACAGAGUUCGUACCGAGUGAGUGCAGACGGCUCAUUCCUUGUGUCCCUGGCGAGUGGGAUGGAGCUGUCACUCAGCACGGAGCCCCUCCUCCCUGGAGGGGUGGAAGGAGGCGUUAGCCCCACGGCCAGCCGCUGCAACAUCAGCCUCCCGGGAGAUCACGCCCCCAGCCUGAUAGAGUGGAGGCAAAGGAAGGAUCAAGCCAAAACCAACUACAGCACCUAUGAACGCAGGCUCAGGGCUCACAACAGGAACCUGCUGUCCAUAGACUUUGAUCAGAGCACGAGGGUGGGGAAGAUCUACGACGACCAUCGUAAAUUCACCCUGCAUAUCCAGUACGACCAGCUUGGCCGCCCUGUGGUAUGGUCCCCCAGCAGCAAGUACACCGAGGUCAACAUCAGCUACUCCAACGGAGGGCUGCUCUCCGCCAUCCACCGGGGGGAGUGGUCCGAGAGGCUGGAGUAUGAGAACGACAGGGUGGUCUCCAGAGCCUGGGUCAACGGCAAGAUCUGGACCUACACAUACGUAGACAGGUCCAUCAUGCUGCUACUGCACAGCCAACGUCGCUAUGUGUUUGAGUACGACCAAAGCGACCGUCUGGUUGCUGUGACGAUGCCCAGCAUGGUGAGACACACCCUGCAGUCGCUGCUGUCGGUGGGCUACUACAGGAACAUAUACACGCCCCCGGAUAGCCAGGCCUCCUUCCUGCAGGACUACAGCCUGGACGGACGCUUGCUGAGGACUCAGUACUCGGGCACAGGACGCAGUGUUAUUUACAGGUAUACCCCUGCAGCGCGGCUCUCGGAGGUGGUGUACGACUCCACCUUGGUGACUUUCACUUACGAUGAGGCCUCUGGUACUGUCAAGACCAUUCAUCUCACUCAUAAUGGCUUUAUCAGCUCCAUACGAUACAGACAAACUGGUCCUCUGACGAGUCGUCAGAUCUUCCGCUUCAGUGAGGAAGGCUUGGUCAACGCCAGAUUUGACUACAGCUACAACAAUUUCAGAGUUACGAGCAUGCAGGCAGUCAUCAACGAGACCCCUCUGCCCAUAGAUCUGUACCGCUAUGUCGAUGUUUCAGGACGGGUGGAGCAGUUUGGCAAGUUCAGCGUCAUCUUUUAUGACCUCAACCAGGUGAUCACCACCCACCUCAUGAAGCACACCAAGGUAUUCAACUCCUACGGCCAGGUGGUGGAGGUCCAGUAUGAGAUCCUUAAGUCCAUUGCCUACUGGAUGACUAUCCAGUAUGAUGCAGCCGGACGCACUACCACGUGUGACAUUAGAGUGGGCGUUGACAGCAACGUGACCCGCUACUCCUACGAGUAUGACGCAGACAGCCAGCUACAAAGUGCUUCAGUUAAUGAGCGGCCUCAGUGGCGCUACAGCUACGACCUAAAUGGAAACAUCAACCUGCUAAGCCACGGCACUAGUGCAAGGCUGACUCCUCUCCGUUACGACCAGAGAGACCGCAUCACACGCCUGGGCGAGCUUCAGUACAGCUUGGAUGAGGAUGGGUUUCUCCGCCAGAGAGGAAACGACCUGUUCGACUACAAUUCCAAUGGCCUGCUGACCCGGGUGUUCAACCGGGUAUCAGAGCGCACCGUGUGGUACCGAUAUGAUGGCCUUGGUCGGCGCGUGGCCACCAGGACCAGCCAGGGCCAGCAGCUGCAGUUUUUCUAUGCCGAUCUGUCUCAGCCGACCAGGGUCAGCCACCUUUACAAUCACAGCAGCAAUCUGAUCACGUCCCUGUACUACGACCUGCAGGGCCAUCUCAUCGCCAUGGAGCUGAGCAGCGGGGAGGAGUACUACGUGGCCUGUGACAGUGUGGGAACCCCAAGGGCUGUGUUCUCCAGCAGGGGGCGACUAGUCAAAGAGGUUCUCUACACCCCUUACGGAGAGGUCUAUCAGGACACCAACCCCGAGUUCCAGCUGGUCAUCGGUUUUCACGGUGGCUUGUACGAUCCUCUCACCCGAUUGGUCCAUCUGGGCAGGAGGGACUACGACACGCUCGCCGGUCGAUGGACCUCGCCGAAUCACGAGCUGUGGGAGGAGCUGAGUAAGGAACCGAGGCCGUUCAACUUGUACGCUUUCAAGAAUAACUGCCCCGUAGGGAGGGUAGAAGAGGUGACGCAGUUUACCACAGACAUCGGUAGCUGGCUGCAGCUGUUUGGCUUCCAGCUCCACAAUGUCGUCCCUGGGUUCCCUAAGCCUGAGGUGGGCAGUAUGGAGCAGGCCUAUGAACUGAUGAAGACCCAGACCAAGACCCAGGACUGGGACUCCAGCAAGGUGGUCCUGGGUAUCCAGUGUGAGCUGCAGAGGCAGCUGAGGAGUUUCAUCUCUCUCGAGAGGUUGCCCCUCAUCCCCGAACCGGUUGGCUCAACCUGUCACCGACCCCAGCGUCCUCCCCCGUUUGGCUCCCGGCCUUCCCUCUUGGGACCCAGCAUCCGAUUUGCCGUCUCCCACGGACGGGUCAGCGCUGAGGUCAUUGGUGUGGCCAGCGAGGACAGCCGGCGAGUGGCAGCCAUUCUGAACGGUGCCACCCACCUGAACGGGCUGAGCUUCACCUUGCACGGCUGCGACACACAUCACUUCCUCCAGUCCCGGCCUAUCGAGGAAGACCUGGGGUUGGGGUUAGGGGUCGGGGGUCGCAUCCUAGAAAGCGGGGUAAACGUGAGCGUGUCUCAGAUGAGCGCCACGGUCAGCGGCAGGACUCGACGAUUCGCGGACAUCACCUUACAGCAGGGGGCGCUGUGUCUGUGCGUGCGCUACGGCGGGAGCGAGGAGGAGGAGAGGGCGAGGGUGAGGGAGGAAGCGCGGAGGAGAGCGGUGGAAGGGGCCUGGGAGAAGGAGAAGAAGAGGGUGGAGGAGGGGGACGGAGGGAGCAGGGGAUGGAGCGAGGCGGAGAAGCAGCAGCUGCUGUCCGGGGGUCGGGUUCAGGGUUACGACGGCUACUACUCCCUGCCUGUAGAGCAGCAGCCGGAGCUGUCCGACUGCCCCUCCAACAUCCACUUCAUGACACUGAGCGAGGUGGGGGGCAGGUAACAGAGACACACACGCAGCCCCCCACCCCCCCACCAAAGACUGCCUGUUUCUACUCUACUCUGAUUUGUUUUACUGUUUCUACACUGUAUCAAAACAUAGAGAAAAGAAGACUACGACAAAGAAGAAGAAGACCAAGAAGAGAGAUUCGGGGGGGGGGGGACGGGUAAAAAAAAUUAUUUCCAAAUGCCUUUAAUUGUGACAAAAUGAUGGUAUUUUAUUAUUAUCGUCCAGUUUCUCCAAUUUCUAAUAGUGGCACAAGCGGUGUGGUUUGCCUGUGGCUUUGCUUUUUGUAUCCAAACUCGCUUGGGACUGACUGACCGAAUCAACCGACUCCCAGACUGACGAAGGUCGUUGCUCUCUCGACACCGUUCAUCAUAUUGGACUUUCUGUUUGACUUCAGUGAACCAUAGAAAUCAAGAGAGUAAGCUUGCCAGAGAAUCCUCCUGAUGUGAACUCAGAUCAAGACUCUCUCGUUUGCCGUUUGAGUUACUACAUGGUUUACCUCGGAUAUACUAUCGUUUACAUAUUGUGCAAGAGAGGCCUUGUCGACUGACACUCCCCCUUUAGAGACGAAAACCUGUGUUUUCUGCCUCUGGCGUGCUCCAACAGUAGUUUGUAUGAGUGUGUAUACCAAGAACAAGAAUGUACAUAGCCAGUGCUUUCACACUGAAGAAGUGCUCAACUGGAAAUUCUGUUGUUCAUAAAUAAGUGUCAGUAUUGUUAAUCAAUAGAAAAACAAUUACAUUUUUGCAAAGAAUUAUACAUGGCUAUAGUAAAUAUUCUCGCUGAAGAAUCUGACUUUAUUGGGUUACAGUGCUGAUUAAAGUUAUUAU